AUGGGUUUAAACAACAUUGGUGAGGCAGAGGAUAGGAUUAGCGAAUUACCUGACUCACUUCUUCAUCGUAUCCUCUCUUCCCUUGAUAUCAAGCAUGUUGCUCGUACUUCUUUUCUGUCGAAAAGAUGGAGUCGCAUAUGGACCUCUUUCCCCACUCUUGUUUUCCCCAACUUGUAUCAUAAAUCCGAAAUCAAUAAGUUCAUGGAUUUUGUGGAUAGAACACUGCGUCUUCCUGAUGCAUCAUCAAAUAUUCAGAAGGUCCAUAUUUACAUGAAUAAGCACUUCAAUGCAUAUAGGGUUCAUUCUUGGAUCUCUAAUGUAACAGAGCGUGAUGUUGAAGAGCUCAAUCUCUGGUUAAAUCAAAGGGAACCUUUUCUUAUCCCUUUGUCUCUUUUUACAUGCAAAUCAUUGAUUACGUUGGAGCUAACUGCAUCCUUUAUCCCUUUAUCUAUAUUCCUAAAAGUUUCUCUUUACCAAAACUCAAGAGCCCUACACUUUGUGGAUUCCAGUUUAUCGACGAUUGCUGGGAUGGGCUACACAUUUCUAAUUGCCAUGUCCUUGAAAAUUUGA